AUGCAGAGUACCUCAGUGUGUGCGUCAUCCGCCUUGUUGUCUGUGGCCACAUCAACACUUUUUGUGGCACGCAGGGCGUUUGUACAGGGCGGUCCACCUCCCCCCAAGCUGCAGGAUGGCAUUGAUCCCAUGAAGAAGCUUUGCUCCCAUCGUGCGGAGAUGGACGCCCGUUAUGCGGCGCAGCAACAGUCGGAGCGCGAGUUCUACGCACGCACUCCGCACAUUCCCCCACCACUGCCACACAAUAGCUAUGAAAAGGGACAAUAUGGCAUGCGCCGCCGUAUCAAAGUACAGGAUAGGAGCGAUGACAUCAGCCUCGAUGCCCUCAAUGUGGCGGUGGAGAUGGGGAACCACGCUAUGCGCAAAGGUUGA